AUGGCCACCAACCCCCCGCGUUAUACUUUCGUUUCGCCAUCUGAGGGCUACGAAAAUGCUCCUCCUCUACCCAGCGAUCUCAACGAAGAUGGCAAAAGCUUCAGGAAUCCCCCACGUAAAGAGCUGAGCGAGGCGUACGAGUCGUUCCCGGCUCCGCUUUCGAAUGGGCGUCGAGGAGGCUUUGACAUCCACAUCUACCAUUUCCAGAACAACCCGGACCAGGUCAAGCAUGCCAAGGACUUGUGGGAGCGCAUUCGACGAGAGUUCCCUGAGCUGAGAAUUUAUCGAUUCUGGGAGAAGCCCGUGGGCCCGCACCCUGUCGCCAUGUUCGAGGUCAAUCUCUUCACGCCUGCGCAGUUUGGUGCCUUUAUUCCGUGGCUAGCCAUCUACAGAGGGCCCUUGUCAGUACUCGUCCAUCCCAACACAGACGAAGAGGGCAACCACAAUGCCAUUGAGCUGCGCAACCACACACAACGCGCCAUCUGGAUGGGCGAGAGAAUACCUCUGGACACGACUCUCUUCUAUCGCGACUGA